AUGGCAUACACUUCGUUGACUGAUGUCCCCCGCAACCUCAAGGAAGGUAUCGACUGGUUGAUAGCCCUGAAGGGAGCCGAUGCUGAAAAGAACUUGAAGGCUAUGGGUAGCGCAGUCUAUGAUUUGCUCGCAGACAAGCCUGUUGGAUUCACAGAGGUGCCAGCCCUCGAGAACGUUAAGCGUAUUUCUAAGGAGUUCCUGGAGAAACCGGAGCUUAAGAAUCAGCGAUCCGCCAAAAAACUGCUGAAAAGAUACAGGGCGCCCAUGGUUAAAAACCUUGAAAGGUUCGCUAGAUACGCAGGAUUUAACCUGGAAAGCGAUUAUAAGAACAUCAUAGAGACCAGAGGUGUCAAACCUGAAGACGUCGUAGAGGACUUAUUCGUAGCCGUGUAUGGUUGUGAGAAGUUCCUAGAGAAAAUAAAAUGUCCUGAUAAGUAUGAAUCUUCUUACAGUUCGGAAGCGACGUGGGAGUCGUCGUGCGCGCAGGACCCAGAAGCUUGCGCAGCGGUUCUCGUGGGUAUCGCACCAAUGCUGUACAUAGGCAUACGUUCUUUGCAAGACGCCAGCAGAACUGCAAUCUGGAAAGGACCGAGUGAAAAUGCAAAGAAGCGAUUGGUAGAUGUAUUGAAAGCCGUGGGAUACGAGGAGCCGCAAAGGUGCGCUGGCCUUAGCGGUUCAGAUGUCCUAAAGGCAUUAGAAGCUAUUGAUCUACAUGUAUUGAUCACAAUAUACGAGUUCGCAGGGUUCUGGGCUUUUUAUUGA